GGAGGCGGUGGCGUUGCGGCGGGACAUGGCGGAUCCUUCGGCGGCGGCCGAGACCGGGCCGAAGCCGAAAGAAAAACAAAAAAACAGAAACAACAAAAAAAAAGCGGCGACAGAUGAAUCUGAACUUCUCACUGUGCCAGAUGGAUGGAAAGAGCCAGCCUUUACAAGAGAAGAUAAUCCUAAAGGGCUGCUGGAAGAAAGCAGUUUUGCGACGCUAUUCCCUAAGUAUAGAGAAGCAUACUUGAAAGAGUGCUGGCCCCUUGUCCAGAAAGCCCUGAGUGAGCAUUACAUUAAUGCAACACUGGAUCUAAUUGAAGGAAGCAUGACUGUUACCACCACUAAGAAGACUUUUGAUCCGUAUGCAAUCAUCAGGGCUAGAGAUCUAAUAAAACUUCUGGCAAGAAGCGUUCCAUUUGAACAGGCUGUUCGUAUCCUUCAGGAUGAUGUUGCUUGUGACAUCAUUAAAAUAGGCUCUCUGGUGAGGAAGAAAGAGACUUUUAUAAAAAGAAGAGGACGACUUCUUGGUCCAAAAGGAUCUACUCUGAAGGCCCUGGAACUACUAACGAACUGUUACAUUAUGGUGCAAGGCAACACUGUUUCAGCUCUUGGACCUUUUAGUGGGCUAAAAGAGGUUAGAAAAGUUGUUCUGGACACAAUGAAGAAUAUACAUCCCAUAUAUAACAUUAAGACUUUGAUGAUCAAACGAGAAUUAUCAAAAGAUCCUGAACUGAGGAUGCAGAGUUGGGAAAGAUUUUUGCCUAAGUUCAAGCGGAAGAACUUGAAUAAACGCAAGGAGCCAAAAAAGAAAAAUACAAAGAAGGAGUACACACCGUUCCCACCUGCUCAGCCAGAAAGCCAGAUUGAUAAAGAAUUGGCAAGUGGUGAAUACUUCUUGAAAGAAAGACAGAAGAAACAAAAGCGAGUCCAAGAGAUAAAGGCAAAGCAAGCAGAUGCACUCAAGAAAAGGCAAGAAGAAAGAAAUAAAGCUUUUAUCCCACCAAAGGAAAAGCCAGUUAUGAAAACACAGAAAGCCUCCACUGAGAAAAAAAUUGAUGUUGAAGCCAUCAAGGAAAAGGUAAAGAAUGCAAAGAAGAAGAAAUUAGGAGCACUUCAUGUGGAGGAAGUCAAGUUAAAAAUGGCAGCAGAUGAAAAGAAAAAGAAAAAGAAGUAAUUCACCAAUGGAGAUGCUCACUUUUCUCCCAUGUUAGUGAACAUUUUUGUGUUUGGAAGAUUUGAGAGUUCUUGCUGACAGUACAAUCUGGACAAGAAAAACCUAGGUAGAAAGAUCAUUCAUUCUCCUUUCACUAGUACACUUUAACUAGUGGACCUGAAGCAGCUGUGCAGAAUUGCCAAGGUUGGUGAAGAAAAUCUGCAAUGCUCUGUUUGAGAAAGUGAGAGAGUAUAUUCAGGUAAUAUCCAUCUGUCUAAAGGAAAAGUUUCUAAUAGAAACACUUGGGGUUUGAUGCACGAUAUUAAAUAUUAGAGAACUUGGUGGAAGUAUAAAGUAAUUCUUGUGGAAAGGACUAAUACCAUAUGAGCAAACUUAGUUAUGCUGAUAACUUCUGCAAAACAGACAAGAUUUGUUACUGUAUCAUGCUUUUGUUUCUGUAAAAGCUGAUUAUUUUUGCGUGUCUUGUCUUGGUGUUAAUAAACUAUUUUAAUACAUUGUUCUUA